AUGCAAGGCGCCUCACCGAGUCCAAGACUCCCUACGUCGCCGUCGUUUUUCCCUUCAUCAGCCUUUGAAUCGUUUGCUCCCUCCAAGGCAAAAAUAAGGAAUGGUGUUAGGCGCAGCAUGUUGAUCGACUAUGACACAAAACUAGAUGAUGAUAAUAUUCCAUCUCUCAAACUCUUGCUACUAGGAUCAGCCGGAGUAGGAAAAAGUGCAUUGUUGAUCCGAUAUUCUGAUAACUACUUUGAUGAGUUUGAUUCAAAAACAACCAUUGGAAUCGACUUGAAGGUCAAGCUAGUUGACGUGGAUCAUAAAUUGUUCAAAGUGGUCCUAUGGGAUACUGCAGGUCAAGAAAGGUACCGUACCAUCACUCCAUCGCUAUAUAAAGAUACUCAGGGCAUUCUACUAGUUUAUGAUAUCAACAACAAAAAAACCUUUGAUGAACUUGACCACUGGAUCAAUGAGUGUAUCGACAACUCCAGCAAUGAAUUGAAGAAAAUCGUGUUUUUCGUGGUUGGAAACAAAAGAGAUAAACCAAUGGAUCAGCGGGAAGUUUUCAUUGAAGACUUACAAAAAUUUUCAGUCAGGAUGAAUAAACAUUACAAGAAAAAGGGAGUGAAGAUUGCUGGAUAUUAUGAAGUCAGCGCCAAAUAUCUCGACGAUGUCAAGUUCUUAUUUAGAACAUUUAUCAGCGAGUGUGUACGAAGAAGUUUGAGCACCAAUAGUAGUGAUGAAGAUGAUAAAUGGUCUAGGAGCAAGAAACAAAACACUGAUGAUAAUAUUGAGGAAGAGGAGGAAGAAAGUGAUGAAGAUGAAGAAGAAGAAGAUGAAGAUGAAAUUGAAACAGAGCGAGUUAGAAGAGGCUCACACAAUAGGACUAUUGACGUGGCUAAGAAAGAAACAAUAGUCACCACAUAUUCCUGCUGUUGA